AAUACAUUCACUGACUUUCCAAAUACAACUUCCACAAAAAUGUAAGGUAAUAGCUAUGAACACUGAAAAAGACAAUCAGUGGUAUAGGUACAAAUGGAUGAGAGCCAAAGCUGAUUAGAAGGAAAUCAUGGUCCAUUUACUGUUUAGUUAACUGAGUUAUUUUGGCCCUUGAACAAGAGGACACUUUAGUUUUAGGUUAUCUGGAAGACUGUAGUAUACUUUUCUCUCAAUCACUCAAAGAGUAGCAAUAGGAGAAGUAUUUUUUCAAAACUAAUUCACAGAAGACAAAAGUGCCACAAAGAUAGGAAAAAUUCAUUUUUUUUCUUUGUUAACUAAAUGUAAAUAACGGGGCGGGGGGAAGAGAUCAGUGUGAUAUGCUUAAGUAUGAACAAAUAAUACCUCUAAAGCAACCUAUUCACUCCUGGAACUACUACAAUUAAUGCAGAUUACCUAUGAUCUGCCCAGGAAGGUCCCAAGAAAAGAAAUAAUUUGCUAAAUAGAAUUUGCCAGGGAAAAAAAAUCAUGUAGUCCGGGGAUGACAAUUCAGAACAUUACACAGGUGGAUGGGAAGAACUACUUGUAAGAAGCUACCAAGUCAAUUUUGGCCCAGAAAUGAAUGCUGUUCCUAAUUAUAAGAACCUCAAAAAAAACUGGCCAAAGAUACACGACACUAUCACUUAGUCUGACUAACUUUUGGGAACAAUCACAUUUUUAAAACACAAGGGGCAGUCCUAUUGUCACAAUCCGCUCACAUUAUUUUAAAUAAAAACUAGGAAAUCAGGUCGAGAAUAGAGCUCCAACCUGAAUUCAUCCCCACUUGUGAUAAGAUUUAAAAAUUCUGACAGUCUAGGAGCAAAAUACAGGGACACUUUACUACCCUGAAAAUCAUGCCGGGUUCCUACUAGGCCAGACAGACAUAAGUUUUCGGGCCGUCACCAUCACCGCGCGGCGUCCGGAGCGCGUUUCUCCCAGGCGCUCUCCCCGCCGCAGCGCUCGCGAGACACUGUUGCGUUGUCGUCACGCCCGUCGGCGUCAAGCCCUUCCCCACGGAUACGCAAAAUGACCCCCGGCGGAAAAUUCUUCUGCACUAGCUCCCUGAGGCGGAGGCCGGUAAGAAAUGACUCCUUUUUCUUCGAACUUUCCGCAGCCCAGAACCAAAUGCCGUAGCCAGGCUCACCCACAGACUCCAAGGAACAAUUACCCAACCUCAGCCCAGCACGAGGAGAGGCGGCGCCAAGAUAAACCUAUUUUUACGAACGCUUAAAGCAAGUCUCGCGACAUUGUAACAUCUCCUUUCUCAGCCCCACCCCUACGUCAUUGCGUUAUCUCAGAAACGUCGCGAGAUUUCCGCCUUUCAGUCUCCGCCCCUUUACGGCACGAUGGUCGCGCAAGAAUGUGAUAGAGCCUCGACGGCCGCCAUUUUCUUUCUUUCUUAGCAGUUAGCUGAGCGGAGAUCUCUGAGAAGAAGCGGCAGCGGCUACUGUAGUGUAGCCAUGGCAGACUAUUCAACGGUGCCUCCACCCUCCUCUGGCUCAGCUGGUGGUGGUGGCGGCGGCGGUGGCGGUGGAGGAGUUAACGAUGCGUUCAAAGAUGCGUUGCAGAGAGCCCGGCAGAUUGCAGCAAAAAUUGGGGGUGAUGCUGGUACGUCAUUGAAUUCAAAUGACUAUGGUUAUGGGGGACAAAAAAGACCUUUAGAAGAUGGAGAUCAGCCAGAUGCCAAGAAAGUCGCACCUCAAAAUGACUCUUUUGGAGCCCAGUUGCCGCCGAUGCAUCAGCAGCAAAGAUCUGUAAUGACAGAAGAAUACAAAGUUCCAGAUGGAAUGGUUGGAUUUAUAAUCGGCAGAGGAGGUGAACAGAUCUCACGCAUACAGCAGGAAUCUGGAUGCAAAAUACAGAUAGCUCCUGACAGUGGUGGCCUACCAGAAAGGUCUUGUAUGUUAACUGGAACUCCUGAAUCUGUCCAAUCUGCUAAGCGUUUAUUGGACCAGAUUGUUGAAAAAGGAAGGCCAGCUCCUGGCUUUCAUCAUGGUGAUGGACCUGGAAAUGCAGUCCAAGAAAUCAUGAUUCCAGCUAGCAAAGCAGGAUUAGUUAUUGGAAAGGGGGGAGAAACUAUUAAACAACUUCAGGAACGGGCUGGAGUUAAAAUGGUUAUGAUUCAAGACGGGCCUCAGAACACUGGUGCUGACAAGCCUCUUAGGAUUACAGGCGACCCAUACAAAGUCCAACAAGCCAAGGAAAUGGUGUUAGAGUUAAUUCGUGAUCAAGGUGGUUUCAGAGAAGUUCGAAAUGAGUAUGGGUCAAGAAUCGGAGGAAAUGAAGGGAUUGAUGUUCCGAUUCCAAGAUUUGCUGUUGGCAUUGUAAUAGGAAGAAAUGGAGAGAUGAUCAAAAAAAUACAAAAUGAUGCUGGUGUUCGGAUUCAGUUUAAACCAGAUGAUGGAACAACACCUGAUAGGAUAGCACAAAUAACAGGACCUCCAGACCGAUGUCAGCAUGCUGCAGAAAUUAUUACAGACCUUCUUCGAAGUGUUCAGGCUGGUAAUCCUGGUGGACCUGGACCUGGUGGCCGAGGAAGAGGUAGAGGUCAAGGCAACUGGAACAUGGGGCCACCUGGUGGACUACAGGAAUUCAAUUUCAUUGUGCCAACUGGGAAAACUGGAUUAAUAAUAGGAAAAGGAGGUGAAACCAUAAAAAGCAUAAGCCAGCAGUCUGGUGCAAGAAUAGAACUUCAGAGAAAUCCUCCACCUAAUGCAGAUCCUAAUAUGAAGUUAUUUACAAUCCGUGGCACUCCACAGCAAAUAGACUAUGCUCGGCAACUCAUAGAAGAAAAGAUUGGUGGCCCAGUAAAUCCUUUAGGGCCACCUGUACCCCAUGGGCCCCAUGGUGUCCCAGGCCCCCAUGGGCCUCCAGGGCCUCCAGGGCCUGGAACUCCAAUGGGACCAUACAAUCCUGCACCUUAUAAUCCAGGACCACCUGGCCCAGCCCCUCAUGGUCCUCCUGCCCCAUAUGCUCCCCAGGGGUGGGGAAAUGCAUAUCCACAUUGGCAGCAACAGGCUCCUCCUGAUCCAGCUAAAGCAGGAACAGAUCCAAAUUCAGCAGCUUGGGCUGCUUAUUAUGCUCACUAUUAUCAACAGCAAGCACAGCCACCACCUGCAGCUCCAGCUGGUGCACCAACUACAACCCAAACUAAUGGACAAGGUAACUAUGGAGAUCAGCAGAAUCCAGCUCCAGCUGGACAGGUUGAUUAUACAAAGGCUUGGGAAGAGUACUACAAGAAAAUGGGUCAAGCAGUUCCUGCUCCUACUGGGGCCCCACCAGGUGGUCAGCCAGAUUACAGUGCAGCCUGGGCUGAGUACUAUAGACAACAAGCAGCCUAUUAUGCCCAGACAAGUCCCCAGGGAAUGCCACAGCAUCCUCCAGCACCUCAGGGCCAAUAAUAAGAAGUGGACAAUACAGUAUUUGCUUCAUUGUGUGGGGGAAAAAAACCUUUGUUAAAUAUAUGGAUGCAGACGACUUGAUGAAGAUCUUAAUUUUGUUUUUGGUUUAAAGUAGUGGUUUUUUUUUUUUGUUUUUCUUUUUGUUUUUUUUUUUGUUUUGAAAAUGUACAAAAUAAUCUAUCACUACUGAUAGGAGGUUAAUAUUUCUGUGUAGAAAUGAAAAUUGGUUUGUUUUUAGUAUUUAGUGUAGAUGUACACAUUCCAGCAAAUGUAUUUGCAACUAUUAUGUGGUCAAUGCUUUGUGAUAUAAAUGUACUUUUUCAAUGUAUACUUUCACUUUUAAAAUGCCUGUUUUGUGCUUUACAAUAAAUGAUAUGAAACCUCCUGUGUCGGUAAGUUGGAUAUGUGGGUAAAGGAUUCAUAAUUUCAUAGCAAUGGUAAAUUAAGAUACAUAUACACAAAUAUGUAAGCUUUCCACAUGGAUUACUGAGUCUUUAAACACUGGCAUGUUUUUUCCCCCCUUGCAGAAUAGUGAUAGAUUGGAGGAUCUUUUCCAUUUAUAUUUGCCUAUUUCAGCACAAGUAAUCCUGAUAUCUUCAUUUUUUUUCUUCUGUUUGAUUAAAAACUGCAUGUGUGUACAAUGAUCUUUUAGUGUACUUCCAUUGCAUUAACAGUGAAAUUUCCUUUUAUACAUGACCACUGUUUCAGACCUGUACUGCUGCUAUAACAGUUAACCUUUCUGUUCUUAAUUUGAUAAUUACUUGAUUUCCAAGACUGUUUCAGCAUAACUAAUUUUAAACAGUUUUCAGAUAGCAAAUUCGAGUAGUCUAAUAAGAACAGCUUUUUCCAUGUAAAGCAUCUCUUUUAAUGUAUAUAAUAGUGUGUUUCUCUCUAAAUUUAGGGUAGAAAAGUUGAAUAGUAUGCAAAAAGUAUAGCUACACUGCAUCUGCCAUUGAAACAUUUGGGUAUGGAAACGUUCAAGUUUUUUUUCUUUUUUCUUUUUUUUCUUUUUUUCUCUUUUUGCAGUAUAGAUAAGCUUUGUUUUGUAAAUGCACAAGUCCAGUCAUUUAAUCAAAUUAAUUUUUUGUGUCCUUGAAGUCAUAUUAUUACUCUUUAACACUCAUGCUGAAGUUCUGAUAUUUUGUUGAAAUCCAUUGUUUUACUCUUUGCAUAUUUGUUGGCUCUUUGCAAGUUAAUAUAUUAGACUACAUGCAAAUACAGUCUGUCUUGCCAUUGUCUGUUGAAGUGCAGGUUUGAUCCAGCCAGUAUAGAACUAGCUCUGUAGGGGUGAGGAGGACUGUGCUGUGUAUCAUCCUUGAUUGUGUUCCUUCAAGGAGCAUUGCACUGUAAGUACAUCAGAAUGACAAAUUGAUGAACUGCAACAGUAUCUUUUUGUCAAUGUUCCACAUAAUGCCAAUGCCAUAUUUUGUGUGAAUAUUAUGUUGGAAUACAGUGCUGAUAUCUUGGAAAACCAUAACUGCUUCUUAACAUAGAAUAAUACAUAGUUCUGUAUUUUUUUUUUAAGUGAGCUUAAUGGGUAAGUAUUUUUGAUAUGCUUUAGCUAUAGCUAAAGAAAACUGAUCAUUAACAAAGUUGAAUAGUAUUACUCACUGGUGCUCCUAAAUAUUCUUUUUCAGUGUAAAAUAUGCAUAACAAUAUGAAAAAUUUGAAAUGUUAUUAGACAGUGGUUUUCAGUUUGCAAAUAAUAUGCACUUUUAACACCAUUUCAUGAAUAUAUUAGUUCUGUCAUUGGUGGGAGCGCCAUUUGCUUUGAAUGUGCUUUAAAGAGGAAGAUGUUCAGGGACAUAAGUGUUGAGAUUAGAUGCAGGGUAGAAAACAGCAGUGCAGUUUAUUGUAGAAGGUAUGAAAUGCUUCUGAUUGCUCAUGUAACCUAGAAUGACCUCCCUUAUCCUUGCUUAGAUCUGGGUAUGUAGUUCUACUUGAAGUUUAAUAGUUAAGGAGUUAGUUAUCUGUUAUCUUUAAGAGAAGGAUAUUGACAUGAACAAUUUCAGUAUUUUGCAUGAUACUGUUAUAGAUGACAUUUUAGGAAAGUGGUGCAUUUAUUAAACUGAAGAAAUAAUUCAGUUGGAUUCAGUAUCAUAACUCACAAGUUGGAGGCUGUUGAUUUUGAUUCAUUUAAGGUUUAAAAUCUUUAUUAAUUGCAAACAGUGCAAUUAUUUAUACUUCACAGUGCCUUCCCAGACCUUCCACCUUAGGUUCUGCUGCAAAAAGCAACAGGUAAGCACAACCUAAGGACAUAUAUAAAUAAAUAUUUCAGUACAUUAAUGUUGUCCCUGUGAGGUUUUUGUGGUUGUGUACUCAAAAGCAAUCUGCUACUGCUUCCCCAAAAUGUAUUUUGUUAUUUAUGCUACCAUUUUCGUGGAAAGUCUUAAGUUGUUCAAGCAACUGUUUACAUUUCUAGGUAAUGGGGGUAUUUUUUAUUUUAAUUUUUUUUAUUAAAACAAAAUGAGUAGAUUGCUGCUAUAACUGAACAACAUCCGAAUCUUUUUGUAUUUUUCCCAAGAUAUAGAAGUGUUACAGUUAAGAAGGGACAGUUACAUAGUUUUCAAGAUUUAGGAAAUCAUUUGGUCAGAAACUUCAACAGCCUUCACAGUCUGUUUAUAUGUUGGAUAGGACAUUUUCUUUGCCCUCCAAACCUAUGGUUUCUUUUCUUUCUUUCCUCUCCUCUUUCCCUCCCCUGAAAUAUAGUAAUUCAGUAAGAAUUCAGUUUUAUUUUGAUUUCUUUUCUUAGACAAUUCUAUUUUCAUAACAUCUAUGCUGAAAAGGAAAAAUAAAUACUGGCAGUAUGUUUUGAUAAGCAUGUGUAUCAGUGAAAUGUUAACUGUAUAGCAAAUAACCUUUCAUUAUCUGUAUAGCAAACAAUAUUUUUCUGACUUAAGCUAUUUUAGUAACUGACGCUGCAUUUAUUUUAUUUUAUGCCAGUUUUAAAAUGUUUGUGUGUUCUUAUAGAUGAUUUUAACUGGUACAUACUUUGAGUUAAGAUGAAUGUAUUAAAGCAGCAUCAUUAUCAGUUUUGUUUAUUCAGUUUCUAAAAUGUGCUGAUCCUUUUAAAACUCCUGCUUAUCUCUACAACAAAGAAAAAUAUUCAAAAAUACUGCCUUCAUUUUCACACACAGUGCUGAAGAUGCUGCAAGCACCAAAUCAUAGCCCAUAAAAUCAGGUCCUGAGAUAGUUACCCAUAAAGAGGAAUCCUUUGAGUGUAUGCCAUUGGUGAGCCGAUGAGCAUGGACCAUAGAAGGGCUCAAUGUAGAAGGUAAAAUUGGCAAAUCAUAAUUGAGAAGUAUGAAAUGUGUUCCCAUACAUGAUAUGGUAUAGGGUUAAUGUACCUGCUUUUGAUCACUUUUCAUUUUAAAGUGCUGUUCACUUGUUCUUAAAUUGUUCCAUGAACUGUUAAAUUUCUUCUUAAGUUAUAAUUACUGCACCACAUUUGUGUGUUAAUGUGUGUUUUGAUAGCUAGGUAUAUUGAAAUUGGUAAUAUAAAGGAGCGAGUCAAGUUUUAGAAAAUAUAAACAAAUGCUAAUAGGUAUUGGGGCAUUGUUUUUAUCUCAUGAGAAUUUUUUAAUUCAUUACCAUUAGCCUUCACUGAUACUAUGAGCAUUUUUUUUUAAAUGGCGCUAAUUUUAGCCUUGAAGUAAUGCAAAGCAGAAAAGGUGAGCUGGUUGAUUUUAAUACAGUAGAUGUUAGGAGUGGUAGAAAAAUGUUUAGUUCACAUUGAAAUUGAACUUAUGUAUCACUUAAGCAAAAAUUCAGUGUUUUUUCUUAAGACAUCUUAGUGUGGUGAUACUUAGAAUUCUAUGGUUUGAUGUUUCAGAACUAAGUAUAGUUUUUUUAGUUAAUGAAAAUGGUUUUAAUACUAAAACUAGUGACUUAGUAGUGGUUGUUUAUUAACAUUGUAAACUAUAUUCUUAAACAUCUUAGUAGAUAGAUUUGGGUAGUGGGAACAGAGUACCUUCAGAAGGAAGUAGGUAUAUAUUAAAAGUGAUAACAUUUCAUUUGUUUGAAUACUUUACUAGCAGAAUCAGUUCUACCUAAAACUUAUCUGUUGUGUAGAAUAAUGAUGUAGAGUUUACUAAUCAAUGAGGAUGUCUUAUUUUUGUUUUCUGCAAAUUCUGCCUCACUUAUAAAUGCAUUUCAGUAAUACCUAAAGAUAAUUUUGACUCUGAAAAUAACUUUUGUUUAAUCAUUCACUUGAUUUUUCUUACCACAAUAUAAACU